AAAAUGAAGUUUUAGAGUUAAAGUAAACAAUUGCACUUCUUUCGCGAUGCUGUUUACGCAGACAGAUGAAUGCGUUUUUAUUUCUUUCCUUUUGACCCCUUGCCCCCUAUGCUUUGACGCUCAACUCGACGCUCAAUUCGACGCUCAAUUCGACGCCCAACUCGACUCUCAACUCGACGCUCAACUCGAUGCUCAACUCGAUGCUCAACUCGAUUCGAUUUACUGAAACGAAGCGUGAUAUGCCGAUCAGCAGACAAUAACAGUGACAUCGACAUCGACAACGAAUGCGAAUAUAAAGGAAGAAAAGGAUAGUUCGAUGGUCUAUUGAUGAUACUCAGCAACAUCGCCAAGCAGAUGAUAAUACACAGCCGAUGGACACUGUGUAAAGAGUACUAUGUCAAUUUGACCUACUGUAAACUAUUUCCUUACAGUCUCUUUCUCCUCUCUUGUUUCUCUCUUUCUGUUUCAGAUGUCAAGGAUGUCAAGUUCGUAAUCAACUACGACUUCCCGAACAACGUCGAGGAUUAUGUUCACCGUAUCGGUCGUACAGGCCGUGGAGGCAACACCGGCUCGUCCUUUACGUUCUUCACGAUGGAAAACGCUAAGCAGGCCAAGGAGCUUGUCGGCAUCCUCAAGGAGGCCAACCAGGAGAUCGACCCACGCUUGAUCGAUAUGAUGCAUAUGGGUGGUGGUGGCGGAGGAGGAGGACGCGGUCGUGGUGGUGGACGCGGUGGUGGACGCGGCGGUCGUGGUGGAUAUGGCGGUGGAUAUGGUGGUGGUGGUGGUGGUGGUGGGUAUGGUGGUGGAGCGUCGUAUGGCGGCGGCGGUGGUGGUGGAUAUGGAUCCAGAUACUAAGUGCCAAGGAAGAAUCCUUGUGAGGGUGUGAGCUUGUAUUGGUGGCAGCACCUUGGCGAAUUUUUACUUCUAAGUUUCACAAUAGACAGACAUCCCGCUCCUCAAUAAAAUAAGUAAUGAAUAAACAAUUGUAC